AGAGAGAGAGAGAGAGAGAGAGAGAGACUGCAGCAUGCUGCAUUGCAAUCACACUAGAGCACAUGAGAAUCUGCCCACAAAAGCACACGUAUCCAUCCAUUCAGCCGUCGCAUCCUCUGCAGCACGAUGUUUGCGAAUGCGUGAGCUCAUUCAAAGAGGGUAACUUGUGUUGUUAGGUGUUUAAAAAUCUGCUGUCCCCCCCCAACAUACACGCACAUCAGCGACUCCUCCCACUCCUCCGAACCCCCCAUCCACCCACAUCGACAGCAGGACGGUGAAGAGAUUCAGCACUCAAACCAGAGCUUCGCCCCUGACGUGGACCCAAGCAGGCGAAGAUGCAGCUUUUAGUUCUCAUGUGGCUUGAAGGAUUAUAAUGCAGUGAUUGUUUUACAGGAAACAGCCCCUCCGAAGGUUUCUGUAGAAGAUCAAGUGCUUUCACUGGGUGUCUUGCCUGUGUAUGUGUACCGGUUGUUUUUUCCGAGUCGUUGGACUGACGCACGGAUACUGCAGCAGAACUGCAGGGGCCUGGACGCUAAUCUGGAGGACAUGAGGACCCAGUGGAUCCCCCACCCCUGAGCUCCAGACCCCACUGCUGCUGCACAUUCUGCUGAGCUGAGCAGAGCUCCCAGAGGCCGAUAGGAUGCUGACUGCUCGAGAUGGAGCUCGAGAUGAAGCUCAGAAGCUGCACAGGAAAUGGAUGAAGCACCAGGCCUUCAUGGCCGAACUGGCCCGUAACAAAGAAUGGCUCGCCAAGAUCGAACAGGAGGGUGAGGAGCUGAUCCAGGAACAGCCCGAGUUGCGAUCGGUGGUGGAGAUGAAGUUGAAGGAAAUCAGAGAGUGCUGGUCUCACCUGGAGAACACCACUAAAGUCAAGGCCCGCCAGCUGUUUGAAACGCAGAACCACCGCACUACCGACCUGCCCACUUACACCCUCAGCGACCUGGACCAGCAUCUCACUGCCAUACAGGAGCAGCCGCCCACACUAGGCUCCACCCACAUCAUCCAACCCACCCUCCUUCAGCCACGCCCCACUUUCAGCCAGCAACUCCAGAGGAUACAAUCAAUGGAAGCCCAGAUGCAGCUUUAUCAGGGUGUUGGUGAAGUCAGGGCUGGUGCUGAUCACCGGAGACCAGAAGGAGAAGAGCUAGGAGGUGUGACGGAGACACGGAUAGUGCGUCUUAUCGAGCCUCUGAAGGAAAGGAGGCGGAUCAUUCUCGCCUCAAAAGAAAUGCACCAAGUCACCCAGGACCUGGAGGAUGAGAUUGUAUGGAUUCAGGAUCGGUUACUCUUGGCCUCAUCUACAGAAUAUGGGACUAAUCUGCAGAAUGUCCAACAUUUAAUCAUGAACCAUAAGGCACUGCAGAUGGAGAUACAGGCUCAGAGGGGGCGGGUUGAGGAGGUGCUGGAAAGGGCGGAGGCCAUUGCUGCCCUGCGGACCCCAGAGGUGGAGCUUGUGCGUGAGGGGGCGGGGCACGUGAGGCAGCUGUGGGAGGUGCUUCAGGUAGAGAUGGAACGUCGUACAGUGAUGCUGGAUGCCGUGAACCAUGCCCAGCAGUACUACACCCAGGCAGCGAAGGUUGAGUCUUGGCUCAGUGGACAGAAACUUCAGGUUCUCAAUGAGGAGAAAGGAAAUGAUGAGGCCAGCACUUUUAGGUUAUUGAAAGAGCAGUUGGCAUUAGAGCAAACAGUGGAGAAUUAUGCAGAGACAGUGAGCUCACUGUCCCAGCAGUGCCGUCGCAUGCUUGAGCUGGGACAUCCUGACAGUGAGCAAAUCACCAAACAGCAGGCUCAUAUAGACCGGCUAUAUGUAUCUCUAAAAGACCUGGUGGAACAGAGGAAAACAAAGCUGGAGCAGCAAUACUGGCUGUAUCAGCUGAAGCGAGAGGUAGAGGCGCUGGAGAAAUGGAUCUCUGAGAGGGAGGCUGUCGCCAGCUCCACUGACCUCGGCCAGGACCUCGAGCAUGUCACGGAUCUGCAGAGCAGCUUUACUCAGUUCUUCACUGAGACACGUGCAGUCGGCCAGAAACAGAUGGAUUCGGUCAAUAAGAUGGUGAAUGAGAUGAUUGACUGCAGUCACUCUGAUGCUGCCACCAUUGCAGAGUGGAAAGAUGGGCUGAAUGAGUCCUGGGCGGAUCUUCUGGAGCUCAUGGAGACCAGAGCGCAGAUGCUUGCAGCAUCGUACCAGCUACACAAGUUCUUCAACGACUGUCAGGAGGUGCUGGUCCAGAUCGAGGGAAAGAUGAGACAGCUGCCAGAGGUGAGGUCAUGUCAGAUGAGCUCGGCCAACCCUGGCACACUACAUAGACUCCUGCACUCUUUUGAGCACUCCCUGCAGCUGUUGGUCUCACAGGUACGCCAACUGCAAGAAAACGCAGUUCAGCUGCGUGCGAUUUAUGCCGGAGAGAAGGCAGAUGCCAUUUUGUCUCGUGAGCAGGAAGUGAUGCUGGCCUGGAAAGAGCUCCUUGUUGCAUGUGAGGGCAGCCGUGUGCAGGUCACCACAGUAACCGAUAAGAUCCAGUUCUUCGCUGUGGUGCGGGAACUGAGCAUGUGGAUGGAUGGAAUAAUGGGACAGAUUGGCUUAACUGAUGAUGCCAGGGACCUCUCUGUGCUGGAUGGCAUGAUGUCCCAACAUCAGAAUCUGAAGAGUAAAAUAGAAAACAAGAGCAAGAACUUUGUGCAUUGCGUGGAGAUGGGAAAAAUGCUGCUCGCUGCACGCAACCCUGCAGCUGAAGAGGUAAAGGAGAAGCUGGAGUAUAUAAUGGCAAAACAGAAAGAUCUGAAUGAGCGAUGGGAACAGCACUGGGAGAAGCUUCAGCAAGCCCAGCAGAGGCUGCAUUCCAACCAGCCAGGAUCAGUGGAGAAGUCCUGGCUCACAAUCAAGGAACCAAUCACUCCAAAUACCCGUGAUGCAGGUGGUGGGACAGACGAUGUGGAGGAGCUUAUUCGCCGGCAUGAAGCAUUCCGGAAGGCUGCAUCCACGUGGAAGGAUCAUUUCAGCUCGUUACGUCAGGCAGAGAAAAUGAAGGAGGAACUGAACAAGCAGCCUUCUACCUCCUCUCUCCUCAGCAGGCAAAUGUUCCCUCUCUCCUGUCUCGUGCCCAGCUCCUCUUCCUCGUCCUCAUCCUCCUCUCUCUUCCGUAACCCUCUUCAGGACUCACUUCUGGAGUCCAAGUCCGGGCUGGACCUCAUGCACACCACAGAAUACACCGUGGCGAACACACUCGCUCAGCGGCUCGGAUCCACCCUGAACCCUUACACGCCCGUCAUGAACGGCUCCUCGUACCACGGGCUGAACCAGUCAUCAGGGGGUGUGGUGGAGGGUCUUUCCUUCCUAAAACAACAAAGUGUUUCAGGGUUGGAUAAUUCUAGCUAUCAGGGGUUAAACCAACAAGUUGGUGUCUUGGGGGUGAACAGCUCCAGCUACACUGGACUUUACCAACAGGGUGUUUUAGGAGAAGACAGCUCCAGCUACCACAGCCUGAACCAUUUAGGUGCUGUGGGGGUGGGAGCGGAGCCCAAAAUAGGAUAUGCUUGGCAGCACCUGAAAGCUGACUGCUUUCAGCCCAAAAUCAACCACAUUCACAAAGCUGUUCCCCCUUUACUAGAGGCGCACCGGGCCCAGCUCGCCGGUGGAGCAGCAAACAUGCCAGCUCCUCCUACAGGCCUGGACCCCUCCCUAGAGAUGAUUCACAGCCGGUUACAGAGAGACCCCCGCGGGAGCCGAUCUGACCCGCAAAUGGAUCACUUGAGGCGGGAGAGAGAGUACCGGCUUGGCCGACAGACCUCCAGCGAGCAGGAGAUCCAGGCACGACUUAACGAGCUCCCGCUGAUUGUAAGGCAGGAACGCUACCGUCGAAGAAUGGAGAGACAGUCGUCUAGUGAGCAGGAGGGCAACGGUAGGCAGAGAGUACAGAAACAUGACUCCAGUGAUGCAGAAUCUGGGAAAGAGCCAUCGGACAAGAGACCAUCUGGGGAGAAGCGUUCCACUAUGGCUGAGAUUGUUGAGCAAGCGCAGGAGAAAGAAGCUUGUCAAGCGAGGGGAGAUAUGUACAGACCUCCCAGCAGCCUCUCUGCACCAGUGAGCCGUCUGGAUCGCCCUCGAGCUCGAGACCGCCCCAAACCACGACGAAGACCUCGUCCAAAAGAGCCUGAGGAGCCACGGAGGUCCCGUUCUGCACCUGCUCAGAGCGUCCCAUCCACAUCUCAGCCUCCUACCCACACCGUUGAACAUGAGGGCUUCCUGUACAGGAAACACGAAGAGGAGGGGAAAGAGAGAAGCCCAAAUAGCAAGUCGUGGGUAAAUCUGUUCUGCGUGCUCAAACAAGGGGAGAUCGGUUUCUACAAGGAUUCCCGACACAAAACAACACCCUACAAUGAUGAGCCACUUCUCAACUUGGCCAUCUGCGAAUUUGACACUACCAACGGAUAUAAAAAGAAGAAGAAUGUCUUCAUUCUCAGGACCACUGCUGAAGGGGACUACAUCUUCUUGGCUAAGGAUGAGGAGGAUCUGAAAGGUUGGGUCAACAGCAUCAAUGCUAGCCUAAAGGAGAUCGAAGAUAUCGCCAAGUGGGAGAAAGCCACAAACUCCUCCACCGACCCCGACAAAUCAGAGCGGAAGGAGCGUUCUGAAGGGGCGGAGCCAUCUGAGGGGGCGGAGAGAUCAGAGAGGUCAGAGAAGUCUGAGCAUUCAGACCGAUCGGAUAAAAUAGAGGCAUCGGACAAAAGCUCAGAAAAGAGGGACACAUCCGAGAAGGAGAGAGGAGGUAGAGCUGAAAGAGGAGAGAGGGGCGAACGAGGAGACCGGGGUUCCAGGGGUUCCAGCACUUCGGGAAAGAGCAAAUGACUCAUCUCUCCACACCUUUAUUUACACAUCCAUCCCUCCAUCUUUCCAGAGAGAAGACAGGACUUGCAUUUCUCUGUCUCUGUCGCUCUGUUUGUCCUGACAGCCUGAUUUUCAGGACCGACGUGUUUGAUGUUCCUUGAAUUUGUCGAUGUGCGUCUGUGUGCGUGUGCCAAUGUGUUGAAGAGAUUGUCUGUGAAAGAAUAUGAAAUGAACAGUAUAAGGCUUUAUCCCAGCAUCAGAGGGCCAGUUCAGCCGCCCUGCUCCACUCACAGAAAAGGCACUUUAGAUUAUUGAGGAUGACUAUAGCCCUUAAUAUUUUAGAAGCGUUUUCUCGAAGCAAUAUACUGUAUGUAGUAACCGAUUUAAGCUGCUCUGCUCUUCCAAGAGAGUGUGAGAGAGAGAGAGAGAGAGAGAGAGAGAGAGAGAGAGAGA